GGUCUGACCCGCGGUUGCAUAUGAACUCAACCCGUAGUUGUUCAGACUGAACUUUUUUUUUUCCUUCACCUGGUCAUUUCACCUUCUGUUGGCGUGAUUCUGUGGGUUCGGGAAGCACAUCGACUCCCAAGUUUGGACGUACCUCAUUCUUCUAGUUUCAGAUCGAGUUCACUGUAGUCAUGCAGGCACACGAGCUGUUGAAGCAGCUGCGAAUCCCUGAGCUGUCGGAGGUGAGGGACUAUUUCCACAGAGUCUCCACAAACACCCUCCUCGGGAUGGGUGCGUUCACCGCCGUCACAGCGUACUGGUUCGCCACCAGACCCAAAGCCCUCAAAGCACCCUGUGACCUGCGCAUGCAGUCAGUAGAGCUGCCGGGUGGAGAAUUUGCUCGUCGAGCGGCUGUUUUAAAUGGAGGACCGCUCUUGAGCCAUUUCUACGAGGAUGCCAUGACCCUGUACGAGUGGUUUCACAGGGGUCUGAGGGAGUCAAAAAAUGGUCCCUGUCUUGGAUCAAGAAAACCAAAGCAGCCGUAUGAAUGGCUUUCAUACUCAGAGGUGAUUGAGCGAGCAGAGGAUUUGGGAUCCGCAUUUUUGCACAAAGGACACUCGAAGGAUGGAGAUCCCUACAUCGGCAUCUUCUCUCAGAACAGACCAGAGUGGACGAUUUCAGAGCUGGCCUGCUACACUUACUCUCUGAUAUCAGUUCCUCUGUAUGACACCUUGGGCACAGAAGCCAUAAGCUACAUCCUCGAAAAAACCUGUAUCUCUACAGUUGUAUGUGAUGUACCUGAGAAGGUCAAGCUGCUGUUGGACUGUGUUUCGGGCCGACAGCACUCAGUCAAAACCCUGAUCCUCAUUGAAAAGUUUGACACUGAUUUGGUCAGCAGAGCACAGCAGUGUGGCAUCGACAUCAUCAGUCUGAGAGAUGCAGAGAAUAUCGGCAAGGCUCAUCGACAGAAUCCUGUGCCCCCACAGCCUGAUGACUUGGCUAUUAUUUGUUUUACAAGUGGAACCACAGGAAACCCUAAAGGAGCGAUGCUCACCCACGGAAACAUAGUGUCUAAUGUUUCUGCCUUCAUCAAUGUCACAAAGCCCACUUGCCCCAUCAGUCCUCGGGACACACACAUCUCUUACCUGCCCCUGGCACACAUGUUUGAGAGAGUCGUACAGGGUGUGAUGCUGAUGCACGGCGGACGUAUCGGAUACUUCCAGGGUGACAUCCGAAUUCUGAUGGAUGACCUCACGGCCCUGAAGCCCACCGUGUUCCCUGUGGUUCCUCGUCUGCUGAACCGCAUGUUUGACAAGAUCUACGGACAGGCCAACAGUUCCCUGAAGAGACGCAUCCUGGAGUUUGCGUUCAGGAGGAAAGAGAACGAGAUGAAGAGCGGCAUCAUGAGGAGAGACAGUGUGUGGGACAAGAUCAUCUUCAAGAAAGUCCAGGCCAGUGUUGGAGGACAGGUUCGAAUGAUGAUAACUGGAGCAGCUCCCAUUUCAGCUCCUGUUCUCACCUUCCUGCGAGCUGCGCUGGGCUGCAAUUUUUAUGAAGGAUACGGUCAGACUGAAUGCACUGCGGGGAGCACAGUUACACUACCAGGAGACUGGACUGCGGGUCAUGUUGGAGCUCCUCUGUCCUGUAAUGACAUCAAACUAGUGGAUGUGGCAGAGAUGAACUAUUAUGCCACUAAAGGCGAGGGAGAGGUGUGUGUGAGGGGUCCUAAUGUUUUUAAGGGGUAUCUGAAAGACCCUGAGAAGACGAAGGAGGCUCUUGAUGAAGAUGGUUGGGUUCACACUGGAGACAUUGGCAGGUGGCUGCCGAAUGGCACUCUAAAGAUUGUGGACCGGAAGAAGCACAUUUUUAAGCUGGCUCAGGGUGAAUACAUCGCUCCAGAGAAGAUCGAGAACAUUUACAUCAGGAGCGAAGCUGUGGCGCAGGCUUUCGUUCAUGGAGACAGUCUGCAGGCCUGUCUGGUAGCCAUCAUUGUACCUGAUCCAGACUUUCUGCCCGGCUGGGCCAAGAAGAGAGGCAUAGAGGGCUCGUAUGAAGAACUGUGCAAAAAUAAGGAGGUGAAGAAAGCCAUUCUGGAAGAUAUUGUAAAAUUGGGUAAAGAAAGUGGCCUGAAGUCUUUUGAACAGGUGAAGGACAUUGCUCUCCACACUGAGAUGUUCUCCAUCCAGAACGGCCUCCUGACGCCCACCCUGAAAGCCAAACGUGCUGACCUCAGGAACUGCUUCAGGAAACUGAUCGAUGAGCUUUACACCAACAUCAAAAUGUAAAGCAGAGGACGUGUAACAGAGCUGAUCUGGGUCCCAUGACUGAAAAGACCUAGUUCAAAACAAGAGGCCUGAGAGAGCUUGUUGUCAACUGAUGUAGCAUCAGUUUUAUGUCUUUCAGAUUACGAUUAUAAACCCUAGAUCAGCUGUGUUUCUCGACUCGACUUCAGCUUUAAACAUCCUGCCUCAGGAAAACGUCCCUACAUUGACACCAUCAUUUUUGCCUUUGACUAUUUUAGGAGAAAGGGAAGAGAAAUCCACGUGCAAAAACAACAUAAUGCUGUUAUUGAGGACAAAAUAAUAUUCCUCUUUUAUUUAAGUGCAUUUUUUUCUAAUGAGAUGAUGCAGAUAAACCAAACAUGCUAUUGUGCUUAAAUUUGCUAAAAAUGUACUCAUCCUCACUCCAAGAUGAAGGUGAAAUUUAGCAUUACAUCACUUGCUCACCAAUGGAUCCUCUGCAGUGAAUGGGUGCCGUCAGAAUGAGAGUCCAAACAGCUGAUAAACGCAUCACAAUAAUCCACACAGGGUUCCCACGCUUCCUGAAAGUACUCGGAUAUCAGAGACAUUAAUUCAAGGCCUGGAAGGUACUUGAAAACAAAUAAAGUUCCCUGAAAGUACUUGAAAUAAAUUUGUAAUGAAAUUAUUUAGUAGAAUGGUGCUAUUUCAAAAAUCUUCCUAUAUGUGCUGUCAAAGGCUAAACGAAACCGUGCUAAUGAUUAAGGUGGAGAUGUUGAUUUAAUACAACAGUUAAUUAAACAAGAAGUUAAUAUUAGCAGUUUCGAUUCUCUGUAUGUACUGUACAUGUGGAAGAAUUGAAAAUAAAGCAGACUUGACUUGAUAUUAAGUGAUAUUGCAUUAUCUUAACACUAUUGCCUAAUUUUGCUGUAUUUCUUCAACAAAAAUAGUUACAAAAAUAAACAAAGUUACAGCUGAACUGCUGCGCAUCUCCAUUCAAGCAGCGUUGUUUCAUUUAUGUAAGAAUCGUUUUUAAACGAAUCUGAUUCAAUUACCUAUUCAUAGAGACAGACACUGGCUUCUUUCCUGAAUGAAUCCGCUGUUCAAACGAAUCAAUUGAAUGAAAGAUUCAGUGAUAAAAUCAGGGACUUGCCGCCACCUACUGGCAGUUUUACUUUCAUUUAAUCUUUUCUGUUAUUUAAAUCAUCUAAUAUUUAUAUAUUCAAAAUGUUAUAUUUAAAACUUUAACCUAAUGAAUUUAAUUGCACUCAUGUGACCGCUGAGCCUCAUUAAACCCUCUGACAAUACACCUACAAGCCACUUU